AUGUCGAAGAGUGAUGAUAACGAAAAGACAGCUGCUGAUCAAGUUAGCUCUCCAGAAGAAGAUAUCUUAUCCAUUUCCAAUGAAAAAGAUGAAGGUAGAGAACCAACAGAUUUAGAAUUAAAAACAUUAAGACAUGUUUCUGAAACAAUCCCAUUACGAUGUUGGUUAGUGGCGAUUGUUGAAUUAUCAGAAAGAUUCAGUUAUUAUGGUUUAUCAGCACCAUUUCAAAAUUAUAUGCAACAUACUCCAACUGAUUCUCCAAGAGGAAUGUUAGGAUUAAAUCAAAAAGGUGCAACUGCUGUUUCAUAUUUCUUCCAAUUUUGGUGUUAUGUUACUCCAAUCUUUGGUGGUUGGCUUGCUGAUACUUAUUGGGGUAAAUUUAAAAGUAUCUUUGUCUUUUGUUGUAUUUAUGUUGUUGGGAUUUUAGUAUUAUUAAUUACUUCAAUUCCUUCAAUUACAAGUCAAAAAGUUGCCCUUGGUGGAUUUAUUGUUGCCAUCAUUAUUAUUGGUUUGGCAACUGGUGGUGUUAAAUCAAAUGUUAGUCCAUUAAUUGCUGAUCAAAUCCCAAAACAUAAACCAUAUAUUAAAGUAACCAAAUCAGGUGAACGAGUUAUUGUUGAUCCAAAUAUUACCAUUCAAAAUGUUUUUAUGUUCUUUUAUUUGAUGAUUAAUGUUGGAUCAUUGUCAGUUAUUGCUACAACUCAAUUAGAACAUAAUAUUGAUUUCUGGGCGGCAUACUUAUUGCCAUUCUGUUUCUUUUUGAUUGCAAUUGUAUGUCUUAUAUUAGGUAGAAAUUAUUAUAUUAAGACACCAGUUGGUGAUAAGAUUGUUAAUAAAACCUUUAGAUGUGCUUAUAUUGGUAUGAAGAAUCAUUUUAAUUUAGAUGCUGCUAAACCUUCAAUUAAUCCUGAAAUGAAUUAUCCUUGGACUGAUCAUUUUGUUGAAGAAGUUCGAAGAGCAAUCUAUGGUUGUAAAGUGUUUGUCUUUUAUCCAGUAUAUUGGUUAGUUUAUGGACAAAUGGUUAAUAAUUUCAUUUCACAAGCUGGUCAAAUGGAAUUACAUGGCAUUCCUAAUGAUAUUUUACAAGCAAUUAAUUCUUUAGCAAUUAUCAUUUUUAUUCCAAUUUUUGAAAGAUUCUUAUAUCCUUUUAUUAGAAGGUUUACACCAUUUAAAUCAAUUACUAAAAUCUUUUUAGGUUUCAUGUUUGCUGCUGCUGCCAUGAUUUAUGCUGCUGUUUUACAACAUUAUAUUUACAAAACUGGUCCAUGUUACAAUUUCCCUAAAGCUUGUCCUGGUUAUGAAAAUGUUCCCAAUAGAGUUCAUGUUGCUAUUCAAGCCCCACAAUAUGUAUUGGUUUCCUUAUCAGAAAUCUUUGCUUCUAUUACUGGGUUAGAAUAUGCUUAUAAUAAGGCACCAGCAUCAAUGAAAUCAUUUAUUACUUCUCUUUUCUUGGUUACAAAUGCUUUUGGUUCUGCUUUGGGUAUUGGAUUAUCUUCAGUGUCAGAAGAUCCAAAGAUGGUUUGGACUUAUACUGGUAUUGGUAUUUCUUGUUUUAUUGCUGGUAUACUAUUCUGGGUUCUUUUCCAUCAUUAUAAUGAUAUUGAAGAAGAACAUAAUAAAUUGGAUUAUACUAAUGAUGAUGAAACAACAACAACAACAACUGAUGAAAUUUCUGCAACUAAUAAUACUAAUGGAUUAGUUCCUGUUUCUUCAUUUGCUCAUUCUACAAAGAGUCUUUUGUAA